AUGACACCAACCUUUGAGGAAAAGGCCGGAUGCCCACCAACCACUCUCUCUUUUGAUGAAAGUGACAGGCUUAUUGGAACAUCAAAGGAGCAUCAAGAAUAUUUUGAAGACCUAGAGAAGAUGGUAAAGGCCUCCGUUGAAGCAGACAAAGAAAAAGAAAAAGUCAAAAAGAGAGAAAGGGAAAUCUUGAUGUGGAGCACAUCUGCGGUCUAUUCCUUCCUAAUUGAUCGUCCUGAUGUUGUCAAAGAGCUACUGGCAAUCUGUAAAGAUGAUGGGAUUUUGUGCACUAAAUUAUCCCUGUCCUUCGUUGAUGAAACUGGUCUUGGGGAUGGCGUUUUGAGAGAAGUGUUUUCAACCUUCUUUGAUUCCUUCUUAGCUAGGUUUUGCGAAGGCAAUAAGCAAGUUGUCUUCGUACCACACCCUUCCUUAACAGACGAAGAUUAUGUGGCUGUGGGAAGAAUAAUAAUGCAUCGGUUUCUUCCAACGGGGACAUUUCCAGUUCAGGUGGCAGAGGCACAAAUCAUCCAGACAGUGUUUGUUCAAGUCAGCGAGGAUUGUCUAGUGAGUUCCUUUUUACAGCUCUUGCAGGAGAGGGAAUGCCCAAUUCUCAGCAAAGCUCAAGAGAAGGGUGGUCUGUUUCCCAGCGUUGCAAUAGUAGACAUCCUGUCUGAGUACAAUGUCACAUCCAUUCCGACAGCCAGCAGCCUCCCUCGAGUUAUCAAGCAGGUGUCCAGAUUAGAAAUUAUCCACAAGCCCUUCUUUCUCCUCAAGAAGAUCAGAGAAGGGAUGGGAAACUUCUGAAUAGACAUCACGAAAUGUGAAAUGGAGGAGAUCUACCACCAAACAAUGUCAAAUGCUGCAAAUGUUACAGAGAGUCUUGAUUGUCGAUAUCGGACAGGAAGGAGGGACAAGUUGCUGGCUGGCUUGUGUGAUACUUGA